AUGGUGAGCACAACAGAGAUUGACACGCAGGAACAGCCACCCCGCGAAGAGCAGCAGCAUCAGCAGCAGCAGCACGAAGACGUGGUCGUGCACAACGGUUACUCCCUCGUGUCCGUGGCGGCUACCUGGUGCGCCGGCGCGAUCCUCGGAACCCUGGCCGGCGUGCUGGGCUUCCUCUUCGUCGCAACCGUGGCUACAGGAUCCCUGUUCCCGUCCAAGCAGCGCCAGGGGCCGCCACCGCCCGAGAGGGACGACGGCAGCGUGUGCUACUCGCCCGACUGCCUCGCCACGGCCGCGUACCUGCACGAGAAGCUCAACCCGCUGGUCGAGCCGUGCCGCAACUUCCCGGACUACGUGUGCGGACGCUUCCGCGGUCCCAGCAGCGUCAUGGAGCAGGAGUUGUGGCGUAGUCGCGUCGAGGUGCUCGCAAUGGUUCUCCACGCCUCUCACCUGCCCGGCGCGCGCGGCAAGGCCGCGCAGCUGCUGAGACACUGCCUGCUCGUGUACUCGGUGGCGACAUUCAGCCACAAGGCCUUGCAGGACUUCAUGAAGCGCUUCGAUCUCAAGCUCAUCCGCGAGCCUCAGUCGACUGCCACAACGCCCGAUAAGGUGUUGGCUGUGCACGUGGAGCUUUCCUACAAGUACGGUGUGAGCGGCCUGCUGCGAAUUCAACCCAACGUCGCGCGCUCACUGUCGGUGGAGCUGGACCACGAGGCUCUGAUGGCUUCGGCGGAGAGAGUCGAGAACGUGACGAUCUCAGCAUGGAGCAAGCAGUGGCCCAUGCCUGGAUCGUCUCGGCUCAAUCCGUUCGUGCCGCAUCACAAGCCUUCAAGCAGGUGUGUCACGCAGGUGAAAGACCUGCAGUUUGCCGGAGUUAGCCCUAACGCGUUCGCCGACGCCAUCGAGGCGAGCACGCCGUAUCGGCGAGAGGCGAGCGUGUACGAGGGUCGUCGCGUCGUGCCGCUGCUGGAGAGCGUCUGGCAGGCGUUCACCGACAUCGACGACUUGCUUGUCUGGACCGGCUGGUACGUUUUGGACGCGCUGGCUCCUUUCGUCGACACUCUGGCCGCCAAGCUGAAAAGCGAUGACAAGUUAUCCUUCGGCACGUCAUGCGUGACUAUGGUAUCACACGUCAUGGCUCCCGCAGUGGCCGCACUCAUUCGCCUGUCGCAAGUCACGGACAAGGCACGUGACCAGAUUGCCACAAUGACCGACGUCAUCGCCACUUGCCUCAAGGGAAGAACAACUUGGAUAUCGCCAUUCGCCACGCCUCCGCGUCUUCUCGUGGGCUUCCCGCCGUACGCGGACAGCGUCGAGCGGCUGGACGCCUUCUACGCCAAUUUCCCGAAGUCGAGCCAGAACUUCUUCGCCGACUGGAUCGCGGCGGCCGACGAGCGUGCCAGGCGCCUGAGUCCCGAGCAGGAGCACGUGGACGUGUUCCGAAUGGACGUCGACGUGGCCGCGGACGGCACGGUCGUGGUGCCCGCGUCGCUGUUCGCGCUCCCUUUCUUCGCGACCGGAGGACCGCCGGCGCUCAACGUGGGUGGUCUGGGACACUUGAUAGCCAGGCGGCUCGCUGAGAGGUACCUCGUGCCUCAGUCCAUCCUGCCCUCCGCGUGUCUACCUGGGUCUGGGGGCGACUUGGAAGGCGGUGUACUGGAGAGCCUGCUCGCCUACUCCUGUAUAGGCGGCGCUUUGGCAGCGCUCAAUGGCACCCACGAGCAGCGUCUACCUCAGUACGCCGGACUCACGCCGGAGACAAUCAUGUACACGGUCGGGUGCCUCAAGGACUGCGUCCCGCAACUUGGAGGACAGGGCCGCUGCAUGGCAUCGUCGCAGCGUCUGAGGGGCUUCGAGGACGCCUUUUCGUGCGAUUCGAAAGGGCAAAAGGGCGCCACCUGCACGUUCGGAUAACUGAUUCAUCCACACGACUAUGUUGUGUUACCGAA